AUGAUACUCUGGUCGCGUGGGGGCAAGAAUGGGGUAGGCAUUUUGGUUGAUAGGGAUCUCCGAGAGUUAGUGGUGGAGGAUAGGAGGGUGAGCGACAGGUUGAUGAGCAUUAAGCUAGUCGUUGGGGGUUUUACUUUAAAUGUGAUUAGUGCAUACACGCCCCAAGUGGGCUUGGACAAGGAGGUUAAGAGGUGCUUCUGGGAGGACUUCCAUGAGGUUGUGCGUGGUAUCCCGCACACUGAGAAGCUUUUCAUAGGAGGAGAUUUCAAUGGCCACAUUGGGGCAGCAUUUAAAGGUUACGAUGACGUGCAUGGAGGCUUUGGUUUCGGAGUUAGGAACGGAGGAGGAACUUCGCUAUUGAAUUUUGCAAAGGCGUUUGAUUUGGUGAUAGCUAACUCGAGUUUCCUGAAAAAGGAGGAGCAUUUGGUUACUUUUCAGAGUUCGGCAGCAAAGACUCAGAUUGACUAUCUACUCUUCAGAAAAUCUGAUAAAAGCCUGGAAGCUGCUAGGGAGGUAUUGGGGGUCUCGAAAGGCCUAUCUAAUGGCCGCAAAACGGACUGGUGGUGGAGCACUGAGGUCCAAGGUAAAGUGGAAGCCAAGAAAGCAACUUAUUUGAAGCUGUUGGAGAGCGUGGACGAGGAGGAGAAGAGGACGAACAAGGAGCGGUAUAAGGUGGCCAAAAAGUAA